UCCGGCUCACCCCUCAACCAUGAAGCCGACUACCCAUUGCGGGCCGACAGAAUGCGUCGGAAGCGCUCAGAUGAGCUCCCGCGCUUCGUAAGGGACGCCGAACCUCACUUCUACCCCUUCCAACGGCAUCGGCGGUACUGGUACUACCUCGCUGGCGUGCUCUUCGUCUGCUGGAUCCUCUACCCGAGUCGCAAACCCGUCGACGACGGCAACACGCUGCGCAUCAACUGGUCAAGCUAUGCAUACAGCCUAUAUGCGACAGACAGCGCAACCCUCUGCCAUGCGGUCCUCAUAUUCGACGCGCUCGCCAAAUACGGCAGCAAAGCAGACCGAGUGCUGUUCUACCCGCGCAACUGGGACACAGUGAUAGCGAAUUCGCGGGAUCGCGACAGCCAAUUGCUCGUCAUGGCACGGGACAAGUACAAUGUCAGGCUGCAGCCGAUCGAGCUACUGACCGUUGAGGGUCGGACAACAGACGCGUGGACGGGUACCUGGGACAAGUCCGUCACCAAGUUCAUGGCCUUCUCCCUCGCGUACUACGACCGCGUCAUCGCGCUCGACUCGGACAUCACGCUGCUGCAAUCCCUCGACGAGCUGUUCCUCCUCCCGCCGACCCCGAUCGCCAUGCCCCGCGCGUACUGGUACGAGAGCGCGCCGCGGCCGCUCACGUCGCUGCUGAUGGUCAUUAAGCCGGACUUGGCCGAGUUCGAGCGCUUCAAGAGCGUCAUCUCCGGCGGCGGGAACCCGCUGCUCGUCAACGCGCACAAGUUCGACAUGGAGCUGGUGAACGACCGGUUCGAGGAGAGCGCGCUGGUGCUUCCGCACCGGCCGUACGCCCUGCUGACGGGCGAGUUCCGGCGGCACAGGAGCAAUCACUCGGCGUAUCUCGGGAACGCGUUUGAGGCGUGGGACGCGGAGACAGUGCUGAAGGAGGCGAAGCUGGUGCAUUUUAGCGACUGGCCGCUGCCGAAGCCGUGGAUUAUGUGGCCGCUGGAGGGCCUGGCCGAGGUGCAGCCUGAUUGCGAGGGGAGCCAUGAGGGGAGCUGCCCCGAGAGGAGGAUCUGGAAGCAUUUGUAUGAGGAUUUUAGGGCGAGGCGGAAGGAGGUGUGUCGGCUGUUGAGUGUGCCUGCGCCCGAGUGGUGGAAGAUUAAGGGCGGCGAGCAUCAUCCUAAUGUCACAGAGGGGACGGCGCAUGAGGCGCCGCAUGCGGAGGGCGAGAUACCAUCUCAGAGCACAUCGGAGUCUGAUGAGCAGAGCGUGGUACACGACGUAUAGUAUAGCAUACCUAUAGACGGUCAAAUCGCACAUAGAGUACGGGUUUCUGGCUAGAACUUAUUGGAGCGUCAUGCAUAAAGGCCCCCCGAUCAGGCAAUUCAGGC